AAAAACAAAAGUAUUUUUAUUUUCCCUAACCCUAAGUCGUGUCUCUCUUUUAUUCUGCCUCUCCCUCUCUGAUGAAACGAAUCUCCCUCUUCUACGCCGCGCCUCCGGUGAAGACGACGACGCCACAUCUCUCUACCUCACGCUGACGGCAAGGGACUCGGUAUAGCAUAUACAAUCUUCGACGAGGGUCAGGAGCAGAUUGGGGCCAUCUUUAUAAUCAUGGCAAGGUCAUUAUCACACAUGCUUUUAAAGGGAAUUUCAGGUCUCUCCACUGCGAGUUCUACAAGAAUUGCUUCUGGAUCAUUUGUUCAGUACGGGAGGAGAUUCUCAAAUACUCCACCUAAUGAUUCAGAUACACACGAAGAUUUUAAGCCUACUAGUAAGCUUGAUAGCUCUAACCUAUCUUUGAAGGACAUUGUUGAGCAGGACAUCAAGGGAAACCCUGUAAUGCUUUAUAUGAAAGGGGUUCCCGAUCUUCCUCAAUGUGGAUUUAGCUCACUAGCAGUUAGGGUGUUGAGUCUAUACGAUGUUCCUUUGAGUGCUAGAAAUAUUUUGGAAAAUCCUGAGCUGAAAAGUGCUGUAAAAGCCUUCAGCCAAUGGCCAACAUUUCCACAGAUAUUCAUCAAGGGAGAGUUCAUAGGCGGUUCAGAUAUUAUUCUCAAUUUGCACCAGACUGGCGAAUUGAAGGAAAAACUUAAAGAUAUCACAGCCAAUCAGGAAAAGUCUCAAUGAGUUGUUGGAUUCGGAAGUAACUCAGCAGUGUCGAUAUUUUGGCCUUUAAUAGUUUCUCAAAGUUUGUUGAGCAAUAAAGUUGGCUGACUUCUUCUCAUUCAUAUUCUGUUUCUAGAGCUGCAUAUUGAAUUUUUUUGUUGGUCUUUCAAGAGCAUGAACAUGAAUUGUAACAAACGAAGUCACUAACGCAUGCUCGGUGGCGAUGGAGGGAAGGAUGGGGUAAGGUAGAAGUCUCUGGUUUGAACUCGAGGCUUUUUUUUUUUUUUGGUUUUGUUAUAAACACUAGAUGUGCUAAUCAUAUAAGUAUAUAAAAAUUGUAAUAAUAUUGAUAUAUUUAAAUUGAUUUGCAUUGAAUC